GCGCAUUAGAAACGCAGGAAUCCGAAAAUAGCCGAGACAGUUUCGAGCACAGGCUGCGGACGUUAGCAGGGGUGUGUGGCACGCGUUCGUUUGAAUGUUGUUAAGAAGUGUUCGCCCUGUCUGACUAGUAGAGGAUCAGUGCAGAGGAGCGAGCAGCGGCUGCCCGUUUCUCCCACACUGACUCAGUGGCGCCUACAUUCCCUUCCCUUCCACUCCGCAGCACACUCAGCCAUAUUGCUGCUAAGCGCUUCGGACUCUGCCGUUACCCUUUUACCCCUGGCUGCACGGAAAAGUGUCCGAAAAGUUGGAAGGGCUCCGAAGAAGCACUCCGACUAACUCAAUAGCGUGAUUUGGAUUUUACAUUUCACUGCUGUCACUGAGAGAGUCUCCGGUCGCUGCGCGGCUGCUGCCCGGAUUAAACGCCGCCCGUCCGCCCGCCCGUCGGUCGCCGUGCUGGGUUACUGAAAGAUGGUGGACCGCUUGGCAAACAGCGAGGCCAACUCCAAGCGCAUCGCGGUGGUGGAGAGCUGCUUCGGCACGGCCGGUCAACCACUGGCCAUCCCAGGCCGUGUGCUCAUCGGAGAGGGCGUGCUCACCAAACUGUGCCGUAAAAAGCCCAAAGCACGACAGUUCUUCCUCUUUAAUGACAUCCUGGUGUAUGGCAACAUCGUCAUCCAGAAAAAAAAGUACAACAAGCAGCACAUCAUCCCGCUGGAAAGUGUCACCAUAGAUACUGUGGCGGAUGAGGGAGACCUGCGCAACGGCUGGCUCAUCAAAACCCCUACCAAGUCUUUUGCAGUGUAUGCUGCCACAGCCACAGAGAAGUCAGAGUGGAUGAGCCACAUCAGCAAGUGCGUGUCAGAUCUGCUGGAAAAGAGCGGCAAGUCGCCCACCGGCGAGCAUGCGGCAGUGUGGGUGCCGGACUCUGAGGCAUCCGUCUGCAUGCGCUGCCAGAAGGUGAAGUUCACCCCCGUCAGCAGGCGCCACCACUGCAGAAAGUGUGGCUUUGUGGUGUGCGGGCCCUGCUCGGAGAAAAAGUUCCUGCUGCCCAGCCAGUCGUCCAAACCGGUCCGUGUUUGCGAGUUCUGUUACGACCAGCUCUCCACAGGGGCCACCCUGCCAGUCCGCUCGAACUCCUACAGCCUCCUACCACCUAGCUGCAAAUUCGGCUCCAACGUCUCUGACGACGAGGAUGAAGACGAUAGCAGUGACUGAGGGCAGUGAAACUGCCCUUUGCUCUUUUAGAACUAUGGUCUUCUUGUUUAGAGUCCCACGUGCUUUAGUAGCUAGUAGUGGAAAGGUUUGAAAUUAGCAAAGAUUCUACGAUCUUUUGCCGUGAUUUUACUCCUUAGGUAACAGUACCGAUGAAGUAGCAUAAUAAACACACUCUGAAUGUA